GGGUCUCCUUAUGUCAGGGACCAAGUUACCCUGACAGCAGGAAGAUUGUCAUUAACAGCAAUAGUGUCUUCAGUGUUCGCUUCUUCCAAACCACCCCUUUUUGCAAGAAUGAUGUGAUUACAGUCCAAACCCCAGCGUUUGCAGAAUCUGUCACAGAGGGAGAUGUCAGGUGGGAGAAAGCUGUUGGAGAUACAGUUGCAGAAGAUGAAGUGGUUUGUGAGAUUGAAACUGACAAGACAUCUGUGCAGGUUCCAUCACCAGCAAAUGGCAUCAUUGAAGCUCUUUUGGUACCUGAUGGGGGCAAAGUCGAAGGAGGAACUCCUCUUUUCACACUCAGGAAAACUGGUGCUGCUCCUGCUAAGGCCAAGCCAGCUGAAGCUCCUACUGCAGCCUCCAAAGCAGAACCUGAAGCACCAGCAGUCCCUUCUCCCCCUGUAGCAUCCAUACCCACUCAGAUGCCACCAGUGCCCUCGCCCUCACAACCUCCUUCUAGUAAACCAGUGUCUGCAAUAAAACCCACUGCUGCCCCUCCACUAGCUGAGCCAGGAGCUGCUAAAGGUCUGCGUUCAGAACAUCGGGAGAAAAUGAAUAGAAUGCGGCAGCGCAUUGCUCAGCGUCUGAAGGAAGCCCAGAAUACAUGUGCAAUGCUGACUACUUUCAAUGAGGUUGACAUGAGUAACAUCCAGGAGAUGAGAGCUCGGCACAGAGAUGCUUUCCUGAAGAAACAUAACCUCAAACUAGGCUUCAUGUCUGCAUUUGUUAAGGCCUCAGCCUUUGCCUUACAAGAGCAGCCUGUUGUAAAUGCAGUGAUUGAUGAUGCAACCAAAGAAGUGGUAUAUAGAGAUUAUAUUGACAUCAGUGUUGCAGUGGCCACUCCACGGGGUCUUGUGGUUCCUGUCAUCAGGAAUGUGGAAACUAUGAAUUAUGCAGACAUUGAACGGACCAUCAAUGAGCUAGGAGAGAAGGCUCGAAAAAAUGAACUUGCCAUUGAAGAUAUGGAUGGUGGUACUUUCACCAUUAGCAAUGGAGGAGUUUUUGGGUCUCUCUUUGGAACACCCAUUAUCAACCCCCCUCAGUCUGCCAUCCUGGGCAUGCACGGCAUCUUUGACAGGCCUGUGGCUGUGGGAGGCAAGGUGGAGGUGCGACCUAUGAUGUAUGUAGCCCUGACUUAUGACCACCGGCUGAUUGAUGGCAGAGAGGCAGUAACUUUCCUCCGCAAAAUCAAGGCAGCAGUAGAGGAUCCAAGAGUCCUCCUCCUGGACCUUUAGGUGGAAGCCACACACCCUACCAACUGAUCAUAUAGGAACUGAAAACCAGUCUUCUCCCUGUCCCCUCAUCAGUCCCAGGUUAGCCUGGUGACAGGCAGACACAUGCUGUUGGCCUCAAGUAAGGAAGCCAGGGCACUUUGUAACCAGCAGUUGCAGGUCUUUUCUUGGUGUUCCUUUUAGGUUCUCUCCCUCUCUCUGUCCCUCUCUUGCCUUCUGUUAUCUUGGGCCUGAGAGAGCCUUAAUGGAUGCUCAUUAAUAUGCCUGCCUUUCCUCCAGCCCUCUGCAAAGACAAUUUUGCUUCUCCCCAGUAAUAGUAUAUUAUAGGGAAACCACCGGGGACCAUGUGAUUGAGUUUCUAUUUUUGGAAAGUGUCUCCAGAGAUUCCUAAGGGGCUGCUGUGCCUCCCAAGCUCAGAGCAGCCUCGGUCCCAGCUGUGCACAUUCUCACUUGAUGCCACCUGUGUGGGGGUUUUGAACACGAGGAGGUGCUGCUUUGCUUCUUAAAUGCACCAUCAUUCCCAGCAGUCCGUGACUUCCAGAUGCCUCUCUACCUCUUCCAGGAAGCACAGACCAAGGGAUUGGGGGUAGGAGGGAUUAUACAGAGUUCCCUGAGGUUACAUGUAAUCACAGAUGGGAGCAGCACUCCGGCCUGCCCUCACAGUCUGCAUUGUAGGCUCACACUGGGAAGAUUCAUUUCGGCAUAAUCACAUACAGCUGUGGUCAUGCUAACCCUUUCCAGGCUGCUAGGAACCAUUCUAGGGCAUUGUUCUCAUUUAGAGCAGAUUCUAGCACAUCAUGGCAGUGGGACAGAGCCUGGUGAGGGGACUGGUUCUGACCAGCUCAGGUUGACUUGAGCUUUUAAAUUCAAGGUAGUAAUAAGCAUGUGGCCUAAGGAGGCUGUUUCCUCCCUUCCUGGGUUGUGGCCUGUGGGGAGUGGGGUCUAGGUGCCUCUGUUGCAGGACCCAAAUCUAGGGGAGGACGAACUAUGGUGGGAACCUGCCUGAAGAGUUAUUAUUUAGUAAUGAAAUAGAUGAUGUCAUCUCUAAGGUCCUGCCCUUUGCGUGCAGACAGAAUCAUUGGAAUUUCUUGAAGCAUAGUAAAAUGCAAGCAACUUGUCAUGUAAGCCACUGGGCAUAAUGGUUUUGUUUCCAACUGCACUGAGGCCUGAGACUGCUGACAUUUGACGGGGGGCCAUUAGUGCCGAGAUCCCUUUUUUAUUGUAAUCCAAGACAAGGCUGGGGUGGGGGUGGGGCCAGUCCUGAGUGCCUGCAGCAUCUGCUAUGUUGUCUUCACCAUUCAGAACAUGAAACUGAAGUAUUUAAAGAGGCUGAUUUUGAAUGAAAAUUAAAGGGCAAAUGUUCUCAAACAGG